AGACCCAAUUCCACCUCUCUUGUUACCUUUCCAAUCGAUAGUCUUCCGACAACUAGAAUGAGCGGCCGCCGCCGUCGCCCGCUGGGAAUUGAUCCGGCCGAGGCCGAGGUCGAGCAGUUACUCCGCGCUGCGGAGGACGAUCUCCUUCUGAAGCUCAGCGUUGGAACUCACUCCUCUCGCUCAUCGCCCUUGGAUCCAAACCUCGCUCGCCGCUUCGAGGACCUGAAGUCGCCCCCUCCGCCUCCAUCCUCGGCGGUACAGCCUCGUCCUUUGGAUCCUCUCAUAACCGUGACGAAGGGAGGAGCUUCGUCGGCAUCGGACGAUCGGCAGUGGGGGGAGGUCCUGGGGGAUGACCUCGCGAUGAGAUUCGCGGCGCUUAAGGGCUCCUCCAGCUCAGGUGCCGGGAGAUCGGAUCCGGGUAUCAAGAAUUCAGGUCUGGAGAUGCCGCAAAGGAAACUUCCCUUCGAAGAGGAGGAGGAGAAGGAGGAGGAGGAGGAGGAAGAGGAAGAGGAGGGUGGAGUUUCGAAGAAAGAGGUAGACAAAUUGCUGCAGUGGGUGAUGGACUCGGCUCGGCUCGAUCCUUCAAAGAGCGAUGAUGAGGAUGACAGCAGUGACGAUGAGGAGGAUUUGGACUUGAAGAGGAAGAUCGGUAAAGACGAGAAGGUGAAGCUCAAGAAGAGAAGAUUGAUUGAUGAUGCCGUACAUUUUGGGCAACCAAUGCAUAUACUUUGGCUUGGAUGCCUUGGCACCAUUUAUUUCCUGUGAAGAGGAGAGGGAGAGCCUAACAAGUAACCUGAUCAAGCCUCAUUUAUUUGCCACUAGUCUUGUAGUCCUUGUAUCAAUUCUGAUGGCCCGUCGCUUGAGAUUUGGAGGAUGAAGUUCUCAAUUCUUGAAAAAAAUAAUAUUAGCAAAGUGUUUGCUGAUAUACGUCUUGCCAAUUAGACAUUUACAAGUUUCACUUUACGGAAUUAUAUUGCUGCUGGUGGAAGAGGGAUACUUCCUCAGUCAUCAUCAAUAUGCUCUAUCACCUUUUUGACCACUCCACCAAUUUGAUCUUCUCUACCUGUUGUUUUGUUUUGGUUACCAUGUUCUGAAAUAUCUUUGAUUAAACUAUGAUUUGAAUUAUGUAAAACAUUUAUCUCGGUGCCUUAUCAUCAGGCUAUUUUCUUUUUUAGCAUGAUAGUUCCACUGCCAGGUAGCAGUAGGACCAUUUUCUUUUUCAGCAGGACCAU